AUGUCGAAACCCUUUAUGUUUUCUGCUUUUAACGUUACCAACCAGGUGUUUUAUCAAGCAAAACAUUCUUUUGCGAUUGUUAAUCUAAAACCCAUUUUGCCUGGCCACGUUUUAGUAAUCCCUCGCAGGGUUAUUAGUGAUCUUUUUGAGAGUGUCGCUAAGGUUGAAACUGUGCUCGAAAAAGUUUACACAGCAAGUGCUUCCAACAUUGGUAUUCAGGACGGACGAGACGCUGGUCAGACUGUCCCUCACCUUCACGUGCACCUCAUCCCUCGUAAGAAACUCGACUUUAACGAGAAUGACGAGGUAUAUCAACAUUUGGAGAAGGCAGAGGCCAACCUUGCAUCUUUACAAGCCACAGGAAAAGAAACCAUCAUUGGCGAUCAAAGUCCUCCUACAUCUAUGAAGAAGAGCGUUCCCAAGGAUGAAGACCGUCAUCCCCGUACACCGGAAGUUAUGCAAGAAGAAGCAACCUGGUUACGUUCUUUCUUUCAGGAUUGA